GGAAGUCGCACGUGGGGGCGCGGGCGGCACGUGGCACCCGGUGCUUACCCCCCCCGCCGCCCCGCCCGGUAUGGACCGGCGGCGCGCGCCCGCCGCUAACCGCCGCUACCGGCAGCGCCGCUUCUGGGACGCGCUGUACCGGCAGGAGGGCGCCGAGCCCCGGGAGUGGCUGGGGGGGCUGUCCCGCUUCCUCCCGCAGCUGGAGGCCGAGCUGCGCCCCGGUGACCGCAUCCUCGUCCUCGGCUGCGGCAACAGCGCCCUGAGCCACGACCUGCACGAGCUGGGCUACACCGACGUCACCAGCAUCGACUUCUCCCCGGCCUGCAUCGACACCAUGCGUGCCCGCUACGCCUGCUGCCCUGGCCUGCGCUGGGCCGUCAUGGACAUCCGUGCCCUGGCCUUUCCUGACGCCACCUUCGACGUGGUGCUGGAGAAGGGCACCCUUGACGUGCUGAUGGUGGAGGAGACCGACCCGUGGGACGUCUCACCCCAGGCAGCCGCCGCGAUGCACCGCGUGCUGGCAGAGGUGAGCCGGGUGCUGCGCCCGGGGGGCUGCUUCAUCUCCAUCACCUUUGCCCAGCCCCACUUCCGCAAGCCCCACUACGCCCAGGAGGCCUUCGGCUGGUCCCUGCGCCACACCGCCUGCGGGGACGGGGACACCGGCACCUUCCACUACUUUCUCUACAUCAUGCGCAAGGGGCAGCCCCUGGACCCCCACGACCUGGCCCUGGGGCGCCGGCUGCACCAGCCCCCCCCACCCCCUGCCCCCCCCCCACCCUCUGCUCCCCCAGAUGACGACGAGGACUAUCUCCUUGCCAUCCAGCUGUGACCCGGGGGGGCUUCCCCAGUGUCCCCCCACCCAAUAAAGCCUUAAGCUGCUCCACCCUCA